CAUGCAGACAUUUUUCGCCCCCAACAGUUUCAUUUACGAGAAGCGUAACUGAAACAGGUUUGAGGAGCUGUCGACGGCUGCAUGGAACUGUGUUAACAGUUAGCAGUUAGCAAACCCAAGUCUCUUUGGUCAAACGCAGGCUGAUCAACCCUGGAUUGUCACCUGUUUGGAGACUUUACACACUAACUCCGUCAAGGGGUUGUCGAGGUGAUGGAGACAAAGGAACACUGGUUCUUGCAUGGAUUCCUGCUUCUUGCUAUGGUAAUAGCUCAAGUCCUCUGUGCUACAAGAAAACUGAAAGUGACACCAUCUAUACAUGUGAAUGGGAGACAUCUGAAUCUAUGAAGAAUGCAACUUAUGAGCUUUUUACAGCCGCUCCAAUUCCGCUGCAAGUAGAACAUCAUUGGGCAGUAGUAGGAAGAGCUGUAUCUGUGUGCAAGACAAUACAGUGCUCAACAAAGUGUUGGUGGAUAUAUGGGUGGUCGCGUACAUGGGCAACGAGAGCUGCCAGUCACUUAAUACAACUGUUACACUUUCUGAAAGAGUUAAGUAUGAAGCUCCCCAACGUAUGUCUAUGGCAAGAUCCUCGAGCAAUCUUACCCUCAGCUGGGAUAACACGAAAGAUGCUGUCAUAAAGGUGAAGUUCAGAAGACUAGAGGAAACCUCAGGGACAUGGAAGACAUUUAAGAAAGAAGUCAAACAAGCCAUGGUCACUCUGGAGAAUCUCCAGAACGAAUCUGUGUACCAACUACAGGUCAGACAAAUGUCCAAGCAUGUCAAACAUCCCCUGUGGAGCGACUGGACUCCAAUCCUGGACGUUCCCACUGAAAUCCCAAAUCCCCCAGAAGUUAACUGGACAGUAGAGGAGGAUUUUAACAAUGGUACUCGACUACUCAAGCUGACUUGGGGUACACCACCUUAUCCAGUCUCUAUGCAGGUGAAUUACAACCUCUCUCUCCAUAUUUGGCCAUGCCUACUAAAGCGAAAGAACUUCACCAUUGUCACUACCACUGAGUUCAAUGUUUACGUGACUUACUCUGCUGUCAGUGGUGACAUUAUUGCCUUUAAUAAAGUGGGAAAGUCAUCCCCGACACAUAUCCUUGUCCCAGCAAAACAUAUUUCAUUUCCCUGCAAGUCUUGGCCUAAUGACAGACUCAUCCCCCUCAAGUAUGCGCAUGGCUUUAUGAAAUCCUGCCUGGAGUGGUACAAGUCAACAGACGGAGAAACGCGACCAGAAAAAGUGAAUAGAUCAAAACUAAAUGGAACCGUGAAGAAAAAACUAAAACUUGUCAGAAAAAAGAUGGACGACUAUGUACGUUACUAUUACCUCGUUCACAAACAAACUGAUGGAAAGCCACAAUCAACAGAGACGUGUCUCAUGUAUAAAAAGGAGGGUGCACCCAGUAAGGCACCUGAUCAUUUCACUGCUCCUAUUCUUAAUGUUACAACCAAUUCUGCAAUGCUGCAUUGGAAACCUAUUCCUGUGCCAGACCAGCGAGGUUUCCUUACACACUAUGAAAUCUGCUACACAAGGAGAAGCCAAAACAAUGAGUCACAAAUUGAAUCUGAGUGUCUCAAGAGCUUUGCAUCAAAAACAGAGUAUCUUGUUCAAAACCUGACACCUGGGUCCAUCUACAACAUCCAUCUCGCUGGAGCAACAGCUGCAGGUUCAGGACCAACGACAACUAUCGAAAUCACGACAAAGCCCGUACCCCAGUCCGUUAUUGGUUGGAUCAUAGCUGGCAUAAUUGCAAUAUUAAUAACAGUAUGCUUGUUCAUCAUCAAGAGACAUAAAAAAAAAAAUCUUCCCACCAAUACCACGUCCUGUGGUCGUAGAGUCGGUGAAUUAUCGAGCGAGGAAUCAGGUAAAAUCCUUUUAACAAUUGACAUAUUUAGGAUUGUGUUCAGACUUUACUGUGCAGAACUCUGCAUUUUCCCUAAAUGUCCUGCUUUGUAAGUCAGAAUGCACGCAGCACAUGAUUGAACUGAAACAAAAUUGAAAGUAGACAUCAUGUGACAUGAUUUGAUCUUUUACACUAAAUCACAAAUUAUAAAAGUACCAUAGUCAUGAUUGAGCCCUGUCAGGCUGCCAUCAUAAAAGGUAGGGUUAGUUAUUGUGUCUACAGAGGUGCUCAGGUCUAUAUGAAUACACUGGUGGGAGGAAAGCACCUGCUGAGCAAGGAAAGCACAAACAUGGUGAGAAGAAUCUUCCCUUGGCACUCAGUAGCCACAAACCUUCCAUACAUUCCACAAACAAUAAUGCACGCCAAACUUAUUAAAUAGCUGGUUUAUCAACUCAACCUUUUACAAAACAUGUGAAACUGAUGUGUUAUAGGUGCAAAGCAAAAAUAUCUGGUGCACAACUUUAUGUGUGUGCUUAACUUGAACAUUUGUCCAAGUCAUGUGUUGAUGCUAACAUCAUUGAGACAUUGGCAUGAUUUGAUCCUGAAUGGGUAUCCCUUUGUCUCAACAGAGUAUGCAUGAGAAGGAGGAGGUGCAUGAGCUGCAGCUAUAUGACAACUGCAGCCAAGGCCCCAACCCCGAGGAAGCCACAGUCCUGGAAGUGUCUGAGACAUACGAGUGUGAAGACACGGACGAGAAGUGCCUGGGAGACUCCAGCACACCAGUUAGUGACCCGCGGAGCCCUGAUUACAGGGCCCAGGUGCUAUGUCUAGAAACCCCUGAUUCAAGCUAAGGAGAGAUUGACUGUUUGGUCACCAUGUUGAUGUACAGGAACGGUCUGGUCUUUGAUAUGAAAGCAUACUCCACCGAGGAUGUCGGGAUCCCACUUUAGACAUCACUGCUGUAGCACUCGCUCGAAGCCUGUAAUUAUAAUAUAUGACCCCCUUAUUAUGGUGUAUUGUCACUUUCUAUUGGUCCUGACUAAAUAACAGCCAUCUUGAGUCAGUUGAGAGAAUUGACAUAUUAUAAGCCUUAUAAUAAUACAUUAUAAAGGCUUAUUCUUGUUUCUAACAAGUUAUAAAGCGCAUCUGCAUCCUUUAAGUAAAGUGUUAGGCAACACUGCGAGAGAGUGGUGACAGUGGCCUGGCUGGGCCGUUUAGCACUUUGUCUGUUCAAAUAUUCAGGCUAGUUCAUUAACAGGUAAUUAUUAUAUUAUUGUGGACAUUAAAAUAUGUUUAAACACUGUGGAUAUAAAUAAUACUGAAAAAGUUUGCAUUGAUGUAUUUCUUUAAAAUAUUUGAUUAAACUAAUUUUCUUGACAAUAAGCAAAAACAUGGGCAAAAACAGACAACUUGAUUUACAUACAUUUCCACAAACAUUAGUGGCAUCACACUUGCCCAGACCCACAUGUUCCCACACAAACAAAGAGGUGUAAUGGGUUGGCACUCAAAAAGAUGUCGCAUAAAGCGUACAGUACUUCAUUAUUCAAUGUUUGUCAUUAUUUUCACUGCAUCAGACGUUUUGGCUUUAGUGCCUUCUAAUGCUCUGCCCCAUGUGACUUCAAAUUGUGUUAUGUUGUUUCUGUCUGUAGACAGAUUUUUUCCCCAUAUUUAAAUAAUAAAGCAUUUGAUUAUUCCAUUCUCUUAAAGAUGGAGUAUCAUUUGACUGGGGACGGUGGGAUAUGACCCCCCACAUUCUAAAAUUGCAAUGUUGCCCUCCCCCCAGUUUUACCUGUCACCGUGCUGAUAAUAGGCAGACCAAGGCGCAGCAGUGUGUGUUCGGAGAUCCACAUCUUUUAUUUAAGUGAAACUUUCAAACAAAACCAAUAAACAAGCAACAAAAUGUGACUUACGUGGUGCAACCAGCACAAACAUAAACAAUAUCCCACAACCCAGGUGGGAACAAUGGAGGAUCCCCAAGUAGGAUCCCCAAUUAGAGACAACGAUCAUCAGCUGCCUCUAAUUGGGAACCAUACCAAGUACCAACACCCCCCUAGUCACGCCCUGACCUACAACACCAUAGAGAACCAAGGGCUCUCUAUGGUCAGGGCGUGACAUUAUCAUUGCACUGUGAUAGAAAAAAAGGGUCAUCGGUGUGCUUUAUGACCAUGCGGUCAUGUGGUCGGGUAGGCUGUUUGGCUAACAUUAGCUAGCUAGCUCACUAAC